UCCGGUAAACAUGUGGUUGGCUAGGCCAAGUAUUCCGCGCUCGCUGCACGCUGGACUGACGAUCUCGAGCUGUCAGCUCAAGACCCAGAUUACAAACUAUACCAAGAUGGGAAAGACGAGUGAAAACGAUGUCACCGAAGACCCAGCCUUGGCAGGAAAGAGGGCAGCAGCUUAUAGAGCUGUUGACGAGCACAUUCGAGAUAAUCAAAUUGUUGGCAUUGGCAGUGGAACAACCAUUGUGUCAGCAGUGGAGCGAAUAGUUGAAAGGGUAAGGGCAGAAAACCUCAGCAUUGUGUGCAUUCCAACAUCGUUCCAGGCCAAGCAGCUUAUUCUUGAAAACCAUCUUCCUUUGGGAACAUUGGAUCAGUAUCCUCAGCUGGACAUUGCUCUUGAUGGGGCUGAUGAAGUAGAUGCAGAUCUCAAUCUGAUCAAAGGUGGUGGUGGUUGCCUGACUCAAGAGAAGAUUAUAGCAUCAUGUGCAAAAGAGUUCAUUAUCAUAGCUGAUGAUAGGAAGGACUCUGCAGUUCUUGGUAGAUACUGGAACAAAGGGAUACCUAUUGAAGUUGUUCCAAUGGCGUACUGUCCUGUACAGCUCAAGAUUCAGCAGCAGCUUGGAGGAAAAGCUGUUCUCCGUAUGGCCCACAGAAAGGCUGGACCUAUUGUCACCGACAACGGCAAUUUCAUCUUGGACUGGAUGUUCAGCUCGGAACCCACACCAGAAUGGAUUGAAGCAGACAGAAAGCUCCACUGUAUACCAGGUGUUCUGGAAACAGGGCUCUUCUUGAACAUGGCCAAAGCUGCAUAUUUUGGAACAGCUGAUGGGUUAGUGACCGUUCGCACUCGACCUUCAUCUUGAAAGAGAUCCACUGAAAUGCAGUCCUUGGCUGUCAACCGUGUUCAGGUCAAAGCCUUCACCAUGGCAUAUAUAUAUGUUUAAUGUGUCAUGGGGAGUUUUCUUUCACGAUGUCUCAACUCUUAACUGGGCGAUGUGUGUACCUCAUUGCAAUGUUGCAAGAACUACAGUUCCAAGAUCACUUAUCUGGAAUUGUUAUAAAGACUUUUUCUGUUUUCAAAUGAUGAAUUUCAUAUCUUUGUAUCAUUAUCUUCAUAGAUUGUAUUUGACCAUUUUAUUUGAUUUAGAGGAACUUAUUGAAUUAUGCAUUGCCAUGAUAGCAACAAUACUUCAUGUGGAUAGCCUUGAUUCUACCCCCUCACUUCUUCCUGCCCGUGUUUUUGAGUAUUUUAUUGCAAAAAAUGAACUGUUGGCAUUGUACAGUCGGACCUCAAUAAGUAGACCUUCCCUAAGCCGAAAACCUCCCUAUAUCGAAUUAAUUGUUAGUUCCUGGCCAAAUACCUGCGCCUAUUACGCCAUUUUCCCUAACUCGAAAACUCCGUAAGUUGCAUUUUUUUUCAGGUCCCUUUCAGUUCAACUUAUCAAGGUCCGACUGUAUAUGAACAUGAUGUGCUAAUCUGUUUUCUUCUGAAAAUGUUUAAACACAAAGUACAAUGGUUUGAUGUGUUACUUUAGAGGUACUCAAAGUAUUUUGGACCGUGGACCACUUUACUAAAGUAAAAAAUAUGGCAGAGCACCAAGGCCUAAAAUCACUCUGUACCAUGAAUUUCAAAAUUUAAAUUUGCUUCAUUAUAAUUCAAAACUAAAUGCACUUUUGACAGUAGUAUAGUAAUAAGUUUACAUAAAAUUACAUACUUCGCAAAGUACACAUUAAAAUUAAAAAUAAGGAAGUGCACUGCAUUACUAAGAGUAACGAAUGGCGUGGUGAAAUGACAUUGUGCUAGCACUGUGACAUAAAGACUUAGUUGGUAAGCAAGUGUUUUAUGCAAACGAGCUAUUGGGCAUCGAUAAAAUUAAAACUUGUGUAAAAUCAAUGCUGCACUAAUUAGUGUAUCUGGCGAUUUAAACAUCACUUUGCUAACAUAUGAUGACUGUCAGCCGCGGACCACCUGACUUGUGCCUGCGGACCACACUUUGAGAACUACUGCGUUACAUUAAAGCAAAUAUUACAACUUAAGUCCAUUCCAGCUUGAUAAAUACUGGCUUCUAGAUUGUGUUUCUCAAAUUAAGGCAUCAUUUUCAAUACUUUCAUCAGCCUGUUUUAUGUUAGUGUGAUGUCACUUGCAUCACCCCAAUGGAUGUAUAGAUAGCAUUGUCUACAGCAGCAUAAUGUUGAAAUUCUGCUUUAUUUGUUUUAAGUUAAAACACUUUUGUGCUAAGUUCAUGUCUGUUGUACUGCUGUCACUGAGGAAGCUUUGUGGAUAAGCUAAAUUGCGAGGCCCUUCAUUUUCUAAGCAGAGCACUUGGAUUUCCAUAACUACAAAACUUUCUUGUUGCAUUACUGAUUCAGAUAGUCUGUAAAUAAUCAAAUUACCAAUUUAAAAAAUUAAAUGGUGCAUGUAUUUUUGUUAUAUGCUUGAAACAACAGAUUCAGAAUGGUAAUGCUUCAAACUGCUGCCAUAAAACAGAUUUUAAAAAUGUUUGUAGCUUUGUGAAUCCUUUUCCCAGACCUCAGAAGUUGGGUAUGAAAUUUUUUGUAUUCUGUGAAUACACACUUCAACAGUUUUGAAAUCAUUUUAUCUUCUACAUAAGAUUCUGCAAUAUAUUUAUUUUUACCAACAGAUAGUUUUCUCUUAAUUUUUAAACUAUUGUGAAUUUUCAUUCACAGCAGUAGUGGUAAAUUUGCACUGAUGUAGUUUUUCCUAUAUAUGUGAAAAGGUUAUUUCUGGCUGUCCCACUUAACUGUUUGUUAAGAUAUGUCAUCUGUCAAGCAAUACUUGUGAAUAUUUCUUUGCUUUCUUUGAUUGUAAUAGGUCUUUGUCCAUCCUUUGUAUGAUAUUCUCAAAAUUGAGAUUUAAGUUGACACAUAUGGUGACUGCUCAAGUUCAAAAGUUAGUGAAAAUGUGGUCAAAUGCAACGUCACACUGUUCAUAAGCUGCUCAUUCUUGAUUUUAUAACUGUUUAAAAUGUCUGAUUUCCUAAUUUUAUAAGUGUUUGACAUGUGGAUGUGAAAAAAAUUACUCAUGGUGCAUGUGGCAGCAUAAUGCAAGCACAAUUUUGUGUGCAUUCACGCACGUCAACUAAAAAUCAUCAUUUCUUUGACUUUGCUUUGUAAUCACAGUUAUGGUUUGGGAGAGUGUGCUCAUGGAUGAUGUGAAAUCAACCAUCCUGUCAUAUUUUUGACAGAAAAAUUAAGGUGAUGUUGAUCAUCAAAAAUGAAGGUUGAAAUUACAACUGCAUAAAGGUCUUUCUUGAAAAGUCUAAUUUUUUAAUUUUGUGCAAAAAGUGUGUCAAUACAGGUGGAUUUUUUUCUAUGCAAAAAUCAUUUGAAAUAAAAAUGUCUCUCAAGUUAUAUCUUUAUGA